GCGUCGCCACCCGCGGCCGCCACAUUCCACCUCCAUCGCCACUAUGGGGAACAUGCCGGGCCUCUCCACCACCGCCAGAGCGGCCCUCGUCACCGCCAACUCCCUCGCCGUGGGCGCACUCCUUCUGGCGGUGGCUCUACUUGCGCCCGUCGCUGCCCCCGCCCACGUGUUGACUCAAGCCCGCCCGCACUAUAUAGAAGAAAUACGGCCCGUGCUGCCCGCCACCUCCACCGGGCAGUUUGUGAGGCAGCCCCUACAGCAGCCGCUCCUUCAGCAGAUACAGCAGCCGAUGACCCCGAUCACUGCCGUCGCCGCCGCUGCCCCGCCCCAGAUUUCGGAGCCGAGGAAGCGAGCAGCCAUCGUCCUGGACAAGCUGAUGUUCGCCCUGCAGAAGGCACUGGACGAGCCCUCAGCUUCCCCCCAGCCUCAGCCCCCAGCCCCCUUCUCCCCCAGGACGCUCCCCUACCCUGGACCUCUCGACCUGCAGCGCCGUGGCAAUGGUGACGGGCGUCUGUACUGGCGGUGUUACUUCAACGCCGUGUCCUGCUUCUAAGGUGCUCCCCAGCUCCUCUGAAGGCAAGGACCCACACCCUCGCCACCCACGGAAGACAGCAGCAGCGAUCCUCACGUCUCAUGCCCUCAGGCAAAAUCUAAACCCAGUGCCGCGGCGGUGGUGGUGGUGGUGGUGGUGUCUUUCCUUCCCUUCAGCCAGGACCCGCACGGUGUAUAGCAGCGAGGAGUCUCAUUGUAUGUAUGGACUUGUCCCUCCUCCUGUCAUGACCCUCGAGUAGUCAAUAAAGUUACACGAAAAGAAAAA